GUGACAAUGUCAAAUCGUAUUUUGGUUUUGUUUUCAAACGUAAAUGAAUAUUAUUUACUGAGAUAUAGAAGAUAAUAAACUGAUAUAAGACCUUCUGUUGAAACCAGAGAUAUCCUUCUUAACAUAUAUUUAAUACAAGCGCUAUAACCUACAAAUACAAAUUAAAACAUGGAUUUAGGACCUGAUGAAAUGGAAACUAAGUUCUUAUGCCUUGGAUGCGUUGGAACGGGGCGAAUGUACAAUGUACGACAGUACAACCUUCUAGAACCAUAUUUGCUACUCACUGGACUAAAGCUUUCAGAAGAUGUACAAACAAAAUACUUUUGCCAAUUCUGCAGUACAUUGUUAAAGAAAUACAUUGUGUUUAGAGAAAGAUGUCUUCGUUCAUUUGAAUAUCUCACAAGCAUUACCAAGGACAAGAUUUCAAUAAAAUUUUUGAAGCAUGAUAAUAUUUCUCAGUACACCGUUAAUAAAGUCCUAGACUUGCAUAGCUACUUGACUGAAGAUGAAUCAAUUGAUAAUAAAUAUGAUAUAAAGAAUGAUGAUAACAACUCUGAUGAUCAUGAGCUACAUUAUCAUAGUGAUGGAACAGAAAACUAUGAUAUAAUUACAAAGAAUAAUGAAGACACCUAUUGUGAUAUUAAAUGUGAACUAAAUGAAAACAUAUUUACAAAUAAAUCACAUGAUAAUAAAAAAAUAGAAGAAAACGAAAACAACGGUACCAAAAAGAAUAUACUUAUCAGCAAUUUAGUUUCCGAACAUAAAAAAAUCGAAGAAAAGAAAAACAAUUCAAAAAGAAUAAAUAAAACAGUCACUAAGACAAAACUUGCUAAAAAGCAGCCAUUCAGGCUAUCCACUGAAGAGGGUAGGCGGAUAUUCGAAAAAAAAUAUGGCGUGAGUAUCAAAAUAAUGUCAGAAGAAGAAAAAAUUACAGAUCUGAAAGAGAAAUAUGUUAAAAUCAUUGGAGGCGUAAAAUGCAAGUUGUGUUAUAAAUAUUUUAAAAAUGAAAAAAUGCUGAAAAACCACGCAAUGGAUAUGCAUGAUGAGAGUAAGCCGAUGAGAUGCAAGUAUUGUGGCUACAGGACAGACACCAGGAGCUCCCUUCAGUAUCACACCAUCAGGAACCACAAGUACAAAAUAACCUGCCACAUGUGCGGACUGCAUAUACGGGCAUCCAAUGCCAUAGCCGAGCACCACAGAACACACAGCGGGCAAACAUUCACCUGUCGCUUCUGUGGAAUCGUGUGCAAAAAAUCUAAGCAAUAUCGUUUGCACUUGCGGAAGUCGCACCCUUCUCAACUGAUAUGGUGUAAUAUUUGCGGAGAAGUGUAUAUCAGCUUGGAAAAUCAUCUCAGAGCGUCACAUAAAGAUGUAUUAAAAACAAAUUUCAAAUGUACGAAAUGCAAUGCGUACUUUGUAAAUGAAGAGAUUUUAUGUAAACACGAACGCGCACAGACAGACGCACCGUGCGACAAAUGUUGUUAUCACUGCGCUGAAGGUUUUAUAAAUGUUGAUUUACUGAGACAACAUUUCGAGAAAGAACAUAUAUUUAUCAAGAAAACUAUAGAUAGACCGAAAAAGGCGCCGCGGUUAUACAAGAAGUGCAACACGAACGAAUCAGGCGGCGUGUGUGACGUUUGCGGGAAACGAUUGGGAACAAACAAUGGAUUGGAGUACCACAUGUUGAUACACGCGGGCGCGUUGCCGUACGAGUGCCACAGCUGCGGGAAGAAGUUCAGGUGCAAAAUGUCUUUACAGAACCAUUGUCGCGUACAUUCUGGUGAUCGGCCGUUUUCUUGCGAGCUUUGUCAGAAGGCGUUCAAGAGUACGUCGGGGCUUUACAGGCAUAGACGGGUACACACAGGAGAGAAGAGGCAUCAGUGUGAGAUCUGCUGCAAAUUCUAUAGCACCUCGACCGGCUUGAAGGCGCAUAUCAAAUCUGUUCAUAUGAAGAUGCCUAAAACAACGUAGAAUGACUUCUUAUGUUUACGCAAAUGUACUUUUAAAUAAAAUUAUUUCUAAAAUUUA